AACGACGAGCACCCUGCUGAAAAGGGUCACUUGCAGCAUCCGGCAGGAGAUGCGACAGUAAAAUUGACUUCGUAGUGUCGUUGCGAUGGGUAUUAAAUCGCAAUGGUUUCUGUUCACUUUGUUGGGAACAUGUGCGGCUUGGAUGAACGAAAGACCCGUGCUGGAGUCGAUAGAUGGAAACCUAAUCAUCUCCGCGGCGAAAGACAGGAACAUCACCCUGAAGAUUCUUGGAAAUGGUUACGUGAACGUGAACGAAAUUAAUCUACUUCACGUCGCAACCUCGGCGCAAAGCGCGACGCACUUGGUUGAAAGAUGGAAAACAGGAUACAUGGCCGAGGUGGAAUCGAACCUGCAACGAUUGACGCAGAUCGUGGAGGGACCGGAUGGUUUGGAGAGAAGAAUAGCUCUGCUGGGGGGAUUCGCGACGGGUGCCACCCCCCGCAAUCAGACUUCUACAGGAGUCCCCAUUAAGAUUCGUGUGCUGGCGAACCGAGUACGACUAGUGGAAGACAAAGUGAAAUCGAUAGAGCUUAAGCUAAAGGAGAACGAGUGCAGUAGCAAUCCUUGUCUGAAUGGCGGCACGUGUCAGGAUCUUUACGAAGGAUAUCAGUGCCACUGUCCGUCCAAUUGGGAGGGAUCAAACUGUAUGGUCGAUGUGAACGAAUGCGUAAGAUUGCUAGGAACCGAUCUUGGUUGCCAGAAUGGAGCCACUUGUAUCAACCUUCCAGGAUCAUACAGAUGUGACUGUGCGCCAGGAUGGUACGGUAUCCAUUGCACGAAGAAGACUUCCGUAUGCAACACCCAAAACUCCGACGAACUCUGCGGUCAUGGCGUCUGCGUCAGCAAACCUGGUUCUCCCCUCGGUUACACUUGCAUUUGUGACCAAGGCUGGCAAUCCGAUGGUACCAACCCAGCCUGCAUCAAGGACGUGGACGAGUGCAUUCAAAAUCAUCGACCAUGUUCAGUGAAUCCUUGGGUAGCCUGUCGCAACGCUCCAGGUACGUUCUUCUGCGACUCCUGUCCUCGGGGUUACACCGGAAACGGUUAUUAUUGCGCGGACAUCGACGAGUGUCUGCAGGACAAUGGUGGUUGCAGUACCUCCCCCUCGGUUCAAUGCAUCAACACAAUGGGUUCGAGAAUGUGUGGUUCAUGUCCAACGGGAUACCGGGGAGACGGUGUGACCUGCGUGUACGUCGGCAGCUGUGCCAUCAACAACGGUGGUUGUCAUCCACUGGCCAGGUGUGUCGAAAAUCCAGCACUUACAAGCGACUACGUGAUAUGUCGCUGUCCUGCCGGUAUGACGGGCGAUGGAAUCGGUCGAAACGGGUGUCAAUCAUCGACGGAUGUAUCUGUUCACUCGCCUUGCAUCAAUAAUCCCUGUGUACAUGGCAGAUGCGUUUCUCAAGGCAAUAGCUAUGUCUGCGUGUGCGAUCCAGGAUACACUGGUACAACAUGCGACACUAAAAUAGACCCAUGCACGCCGAAUCCAUGCAGGAACAACGGUGUCUGCGUGUCAUCGAGCACCGGGAUCAAUUGUGAUUGUCCUUCUACGUUCACCGGCAGCAGAUGCGAAUCGCCGCGACAAUCUUGCGGCGGUGUAUCCCGAAAUCCCUUGGGACAUCUCCAGUUCCCAAUCGGUGGGAAUGUUUAUCAGCCCGGGCUGAGCUGCGCCUGGGUCCUGGUCACCAACUACUCGCUCGUUUUGAACGUCACCUUCACUCAAUUCAACCUGGAACAAUCGACCGAUUGCAAAUACGAUUUCCUGCAGAUACACGAUGGUAGAAACGCUGGCAGCCAGAUGAUCGGCAGAUUUUGCGGCAACACUUUGCCCCAUGAAAAUGGGAACAUAGUGUCCUCCCAUAACUCUCUGUACUUCUGGUUCCACUCGGACAACAGCAUAUCUCACGACGGAUUCGCUUUGCAUUGGAACAGUAUCCAACCCAUUUGCGGUGGUACACUCACGCAAGAUUACGGGACUAUCAGCUCUCCUGGCUCCCCAGGACGGUAUCCACCAAACAGAGAUUGCUAUUGGAACAUCCGGGUUAAACCGUCUAAGAGAAUACAGAUCCAUUUUGGUCAGCUGAUGCUGGAGGAACAUCCAACGUGCGGGAACGACUAUCUGGCGAUAAGCACUAUACACAAGGAAACAUUAGGAAUUUACUGCAAUCACACUCAUCCUCCCCCUAUCGUGGUACCGGCUUCAGAAGCUGUGGUCUAUUUCCAUUCGGACAGUGCUGGCCAGGAUGCUGGCUUCCAAAUUCAUUACUCCGCCAUUGAAGGCAUACCCGGAUGCAACGACGUGUACACCGCUCCUUCCGGUACCAUUAGGAGCCCGGUAAGCGCGGAUCCAUACAUGGAAAUGGACUGCGAAUGGAAAAUACAACUGCCCGUUAACGACCACGUGAAGAUAUCUUGGUCGAAGUUCGAAUUGCGUGAAUCCAGCGGUUGUAAAACGGAAUUCGUCGAGAUAUUCAACGGCGAUACCAGCGAAUCUCGUCUGAUAGGAAGAUACUGUGGUUCCAACUUACCUCCGACCAUCAGGUCUAGCUCAAACGUGGUGUUAAUCGUCUUCAAAUCCACAGCGACGGCUAGAAAAGGCGAAUUCGCCUUAUCCUACGAUAUUUAUUGCGGUGGUACGUUCACCGAGGACACUGGGAUCCUGAAAUCACCGAUGUACCCGAAUCUCUACGAUGGUAGCAGAAUAUGUCAAUACCUGAUCCAACAACCACCCACGAAGAGGAUAGCGUUGACCCUGAUGGACGUUAAUCUGAAAGGAUACCUAACAGGUUGUACUAUGUCUAUCUACGAUGGGAUGAAUGAGAAUGCUACUCGUCUCGACAAAUUUGACGCAACUAAAUCGAAAGCGAGCACCGAUCCUUUCUAUUCCACCCACAAUUACAUGUUCCUGAAAUUCUGGUCCGGGACCUGCAUCGCGGGAGGUCGUUUUAUGGCCAAUUACACGUCCAUUCCAAACGAAUGCGGAGGAGUAUACACAGCGAAUAGCGGAACUAUUCAAACCCCAUCGAAAAAUGGCAAUUACGAAAACAACCAGGAUUGUUUCUGGACGUUGGAAGCACCACCAGGACACGUGGUACAGAUCACCUGGUUGACGUUCGCCUUGGAACAGAAUCCCUCCUGUCGACACGACUAUGUCAGUGUUUAUGAAAAUUACCUGUCAGCUAACAGGGAACUGAUAGGCAAAUUCUGCGGUUCGAAGAAACCACCGAUACUGAUGUCGCAAGGGAACACGUUGACCGUCGUUUUCCAUUCGGACUCGUCGCUAACUCGCGACGGAUUCGUCGCGUCGUAUAUCUUCAUCGACGCGUCGAAAGUCUGCGGAGGUCAUUACGUUAAAUUGACCGGGGUGGUUACCUCGCCGAAUUAUCCUAACAAGUAUCCGAGCAGGAAAGAAUGCGUGUGGAUACUCGAAGCACCGAACAAGCAGAGGGUCAUCCUCAACGUGACACAUUUCGAAUUGGAAAGACACAGUACUUGCGCCUUUGAUUAUUUGGAAAUCAGGAACGGUGGCCACGAAAUGUCCCCGUUGCUCGGCAAAUUCUGCGGCACCGACAUCCCGACGGAAAUCAUAAGCCAGACCAAUCAGAUGUACUUGAAAUUCGUGUCCGAUGCGACGAGGGCGUUCAAAGGGUUCAGUAUCGAGUGGGACAGCACGACUACAGGUUGCGGUGGAAAUCUGAAUGCCGCCAAUGGCGAUAUCAUGUCCCCGAAUUACCCUCAACCGUACCAGCAAAUUGCCGAUUGUUACUGGAGGAUAGUAGUGGCAGCGGGCAGUUUGAUACGAUUGCUAAUAGUCGACCUGCAACUCGAGCAUCACGAGAAGUGUAGAUUCGACUUCAUCGAGAUAUCCGAGGGUAUCAAUCGCAAGAACGCGCAAAGAUACUGCGGCAACCCUCAUCCAAAGGUAAUCGAUUCGAAAUCCAACAUAAUGAACGUGAGAUUCUCCAGCGACUACACUAAUUCCGGCCCCGGUUUUCAUCUGAAAUACGAAACACUAUGUCACAACAAGAUCCACGGUUUCCACGGUGUGAUAGAGUCACCGAAUUUCCCGUACAAGUACGAGCACAAUUUGAACUGUAGCUGGAUCAUCGAGGCUCCGGUCGGCAACAAGAUCAAUCUGACCUUCUCGCAUAUCGAUCUGGAAGGCAGCGGUUUAGAGGACACGUGCAACUACGAUUAUCUGGAGGUGAAGGAGGGCACAAACGACCAACCUACGACGGAGUUGGCGAAGAUCUGCGACAGUGAAAACGUGAAACGGAAAAUUCACUCGUCUCAGCAUCAAGUGUUCGUGACGUUCGUGACCGACUCUCUUCUAGCUUUCAACGGUUUCCGGCUCGAGUGGUUAGUCGACGGCUGUGGUGGACAUCUGACGAGACCCUUCGACUCCUUCACGUCACCCGGCUAUCCGUCCGCUUAUCCUGAAAACGUCGAAUGCGAAUGGCUGAUCGAGACCGACUACUCUCACAGCGUCGAGCUGACUAUUCACGAUAUCAACACGGAGAAACAGUCAGGCUGUUACUUCGACAAGCUGACGCUCUUCGGUGGCGAGAACGAAGAAGCACCACCGUUGAUCGAGAUCUGCUAUUCCGACAAACCGGUGGUGUACACCAGCUUCGGGAAUAAAAUGUUCGUCAAGUUCAACUCGGACGUAUCGUACGCUGCGCGAGGUUUCAACGCCAGCUACAGAAGCGUACCCAUCACUUGCGGCGGCAGAUACACCACCGACAUAGGCACCAUAUUGUCUCCUAAUUACCCGCAAAAUUAUCCGCACAAAUUGAACUGCGAGUGGCUGAUACAGGUGGACAAGAAUUAUUUGAUUAGCUUGGAAUUCCGAGACUUUGAUGUGGAGGACAGCAAGAAUUGCACCGACGACUAUGUUAAGAUAUACGACGGAGCAACGAGAAACUCGCAAUUAUUGGGUACUCAUUGUAAACACGAAACACCACCACCUUAUAAAUCGACUGCUAAUGAAAUGUUGAUAGUAUUGAGAACGGAUAGUAUAAUAUCGGCGAAAGGAUUUAAAGCGGAAUAUAAUAAAGCUUGCGGUGCGAAAAUUAUUGUGAAAGACGAUGGAUAUCUAACUCCGGUAGACAGCUACGUCGGUAACGCAAUGAAUUCUUUGGAGUAUUGCACCUGGAUAUUGAGCGCCGAGGAUCCAGCUGAUCACGUCACCGUUACCUUCACCCACAUGGAGAUUAACACCGAGAAUUUGGAAGAGACGAACGGGGAAUGCGGUUGGAAUCACAUCGAGGUGUUCGAGGGAGAGGGUAUGGAUGGCCCUUCCUUGGGCCAAUGGUGCGAUGAUGUUAUACCCUUGCCGAUAACCAGCACUGGAAACACCCUCACCGUGCAUUUGGAAGCGCAUUACGACUUCAUGGGACACUUUGCUCUCACCUACACGCUCUUGAAUUCUGUAUGCGGAGGAACGUACACCUCUUUCAAAGGGAAGAUCGCCUCGCCAGGAUACCCGAACACGUAUCCAUUAAACUCCGAAUGCAUAUGGAUAAUAAACAAUUCGCCUGGGAACAAACUUAGCCUGACCUUCUCCGAGUUCGAGCUGCAACAGAGCGAGAACUGCGAUCUCGAUUAUCUGGAGAUUCGCGAGGACAGUGGGAUCGGUAAACUAUUGAGCACGUCUUGCGGGACCAAUAUCGAGCCGGUUCAAUCCUCGUCGAAAUUGUGGAUCAAAUUCAAAAGUGACGGUGACCAGGUGGCAAAGGGUUUCCUAGGCCAAUAUACGUUGACCGGUGGUAACGAACUCACCGGUCCCACCGGACAAAUUACUUCGCCUCUCUAUCCUUUAUCGUUCAAGUUAAGGGACAUUGUUUCGUGGAGAAUCAACGUCGAGUUUGGCUGGGUCAUACAAAUCGAAGUUACCGAUAUGUUUAUAGAGAACUCCGGUUCGAUUUGUUACUCCUACCUAAGGGUGUACGAUGGCUACGACAACGAGGCGCCUCGUUUACUGGAAACCUGCGGUACCGACGUUCCCAAGCCCUUCACUACGAACAGUAACAUCGCUUACCUGGAAUUAUUGUCAGAUAUUUUGCGACAGGGCAGUUGGUUCCGGUUGAAUUGGAUUCAAAUACCAAGGGAUAGUUUGAGCUCGCAGAACGCCAACGUCGAACUAUCGAAAUGCAGUGAGGAAAUAGGAUUGACGGACGCAUACAACAACACCUACGAUUUCACGUCACCUGGCUACCCGGAUGGCUACGAAAGUGAUCUGCGGUGUACUUGGUUAAUCACCUCUCCACCUGGAACUCAUCUAGUCCUAAAGAUACUCACGAUGGACCUUGAAGAUCAAACCUACUGUACGGCAGACUUCGUGGAGGUUUAUUCAGGGAACGCUUUGACAGAGCCCAACGAUGCUGAACUGGUGGAACACUUGUGUUGGCCAAACGCUACCUCCUCUUGGAUCAAAGCUGGAAACGUGAUGACGGUGAAAUUCGAAUCAGAUGGCUAUGGGAAUAAAACUGGGUUCAGUGCAUAUGUGUAUCGAGAAUGCGGUGGCAAGUUGGAAGGUCCAAACGGAGUGAUCGAGAUGAAUAACUCAACCUCGUCCCGAUCGAUACGAAGCUGGCAAUUCACUUGCGAAUGGAACGUCGAAGUGAGAUCUGGACGAACGAUAAUGGUGAAUGUCGUUGAGAUGUCGAUACAACAAGGACCCAGUUGGACUUGCACCGACAAUUACCUAAUGCUGAAGAAUGGCGGUGACAUAAAAUCUCCUCUACUGGGGGUUGGAAAAUAUUGCGGCGAAGUGGCGCCCGCUCCUCUCGAGACAACCGGAAAUCGUCUUUACGUGAAGGUAGCCGGUACUAAGCCUAACGUGAACUUCAAACUUACCUACAGGGAAGUUAACAUGAACUGCGGAGGAGAGUUCGUAUUGACUAGCAAGCAGAAGAGCUGGGAGAUUAGCACACCAAAUUAUCCGAAUAUUCCUUCACCGGAUUCAGAAUGUACCUGGACAGCGCUUGCGCCUAACAGAGAAAGAAUUACCAUUCAUUUCAUCAACAGAUUCGAUCUGACUAACACUAUGAAUUGCGAGAGAGAAUACGUCGAAGUGAGGGACGGUGGAACGGAGAGUUCGAAGCUUGUUGGAAGAUUCUGCAAAGACGUCGCGCCUAGUAGCAUCACCAGCACCGGGAAUAUGCUCUACGUUCACUACUACACGGAUGUUCCGGAACCAGGCAAUGGCUUCAAAGCUGUCAUCUCCAUCGGAGAGGAGUGCGGUGGAAUCAUCAGAGGAAACAGCGGUGUCAUCUCUUCUCCAAAUUAUCCGUUCUUCUACGUGAAGAAUCAAACUUGCAUCUGGUGGAUCGUCGCACCAGCUGAUCAUACUAUUAAGUUCGAGUUCCUCGACAUUCAUAUGUCAAGCGGCUACCGGAACUGCAGGUCCACUGAUUACCUGGUAGUCAGCGAGAGAAUUCCCGACAACCAAACAAUUACCGAGAUUGGUGUGUACUGUGGCACCACGAUACCUGAACCAUUCGAGACAACCGCAAACGAGGCUAUGCUGACAUUCAAAAGUGAUAAUUUCGAGUACAGGACUUACAGAGGAUUCAGUUUGAAAUUCGUGUCUUCUCAAGAAGUUUGUGGGGGUGAAUACACUGCAAUGCAAGGAACGAUCAAGUCGUAUGGAUAUCCCAACGUUGCGACACGUUCUAGAUACUGCGAUUGGAGGAUCAAACUUCCGAAAGGUUUCCAAGUAGUAGCCGAUAUACUGGAUUUGGAUAUCAACUCGGAUCCUGAUCACACGAGGAUCAGUUAUUCCGUAGUAUUCUACAAUGAUUUCCGUUUCAAAUCAAGAAUAAAAGUAUUGCGACAGAAUGGAACAAUGGAACUGAUCAGGAGCUCCAGUAAUACUAUGAUGAUCAGUUACUCGUCGUCUCCUGGUUUUCGUGGCUUCAAGCUGCGUUAUUAUGCCCAAGCACCGGCUCCUUGCGGCGGGGUGAUAAAGGACGUGAACGGCACCCUGUCCGGACCGAAGACUGCACCCUUCAACGAAUCGUCCUACUUCUGUCAGUGGAGCAUAGAGGCACCCGAGAGUUUAGCGAACAACACCAACAACACUGGGGUAACAUUGUCGGUGAAGGUGACUGGUAUAGUGGGUGGAUCCCGUGGCUAUAUAUUCACGAAAUUCUGUUACAAUAACCCGCACAUCUCGCUGACCGGUAUCGGUAUGCUCUGCGGAAAUUACACGGAACCAACGUACCUGAGGAGUCCAAAGCUCGUUAAUGAACUGAUCAUCAUAAACGGUACCUAUGGGAGACCUAUGAACUUCAAUCUCACCUACCAAUGGCAACCCUGUGGCGGUAUCCUGCAGGGUUUAUCGCAUGUUAUUAGAGCACCGAAGAACGUAUCCUUCCCUAUUAAUUGUGCCUGGCACGCUAAUUACCCGGAUACCGGAGAGAUGAUUAAAUUGCACUUUACCAAGCUGCAUUUGGAUAAUUGUGUCAACAAUUACAUCUCUGUCAGAAACGGUGGUCCGUCCGCACCAGAAAUCACCCGAUUCUGCGGUAACGCCCAACCGUACAACAUAACGAGCACAUCGAAUCAAUUAUGGAUCGAGUACACAGGUACGAAAGAGACGAACGAUUUCGAAUUCAUAUUGGAACCAGUUAACAAUGGAUGCGGCGGUGCUCUACGAGCUAACAGUCGCGAGAUCUCUUCGCCCAAAUUCCCGUCGCAAUAUCCCAACAACGCGGAAUGCACGUGGGAAAUAACCACGGAGAACGGCUACCACAUCGGCCUGGUGUUCGUCGAUCGUUUUAAUUUAGAAAGCAGCGCGAAAUGCGAGAAGGAUUACGUGCAGGCAUUCGACUGGAUAAAAGAUGACAACAAAACCUCCGGUGAAACCUGGAAAGAUCUCGGAAAAGUAUGCGGUAGAAACACACCCUCACCGUUUAACUCGACCGGCAAUCGUAUGAAAGUGGUUUUCCACUCGAACGAAGCGAUUCAAGGCGACGGAUUCCACGCGGUUCUCUACGAGAAUUGUGGCGGUGUUUUCGAGGUGACCUCAACCGCGAAGGUCAUCCAAUCGCCGUUAUAUCCGAAUUUCUAUCCGAAGAAUUUGUUCUGCAAUUACACCCUCGUCGCUCCGGGAAAGAUUAUCGUCGUCGAAUUCACAGCUUUUCAAUUGGAACGCAGUCGCAGAGAUUGUCGUUUCGACAAUCUGACGAUAUUAUCGGAUGACGCGUACAUGUUGGAUGAGGAAAUACAUUGUGGCGAUGAUAAACCACCCACACAGAACUUUUUGAACAAGGUGGAAAUUAUAUUUAAGACAGAUAAAUACGUACAACGAAGCGGUUUCUCGUUCAACUAUUUCCUUAACGAAUGCGGUGGAACGAUCACGGAACCUCAGGAUAUUAAGUCUAUGUCAGUUUACGGUGAUUACUAUGGAGGAUACCGCUGCAUGUGGCAAAUUAUCGCACCCUCCGAUAAAAACGUGGUGCUUCGUUUUGAGAAAUUCUUGAUGGAUCAUCAUUACAGAUGCAUCAUGGACAACGUGAAGGUUUACGAUGGCAGCGAACCAGAGAAUAGUGAUAGAUUAGCUGUACUGUGCGGAAAUAUGACGGAACAUUUACCUGUCAUAAAAUCAACUUCCAAUAAUAUGACGGUCAUGUACUCUUUGAAUACCCCUAUCGACAACGGUGGUUUCGUCGCAAAGGUGUUGUUCACGAAGAGUGCCGCAGCAGGCUGCGGUGGCGACAUUGACUUAUCUUCUUCAACCACGGCAUCAUUCAAGACUCAAAACGGUUCGACUUACGAGAGCAUGGAAGAUUGCCACUGGACCGUAGAAGCAUCUCCUGGAAAGAAUAUUAAAUUCACUAUUAAUAGUAUGGAUCUGAAAAAUUCUACUAACAAAACGUUUAAUCAUCGUGAUGCCAAUCAAUGCAGCGGUGAUUAUCUCGAGAUUCGCGAUGGUGGUGGACCUUUUGCACAAUUGUUUGGCAUAUACUGUGGCAGUCAGGUUCCGCUUCCUAUUAUCUCCACUUCGAACAAACUUUGGAUACGAUUGUACAGCGAUGUCACCAUGGAAGGAACUGGAGUUACAGGAAAAUUGGAAGCCAUCGAUGCGCUGUGUUCGAUCGCUCCUCCGAUAACAAACACCACGAACCUCGUACUAAAAUCACCAAAUUAUCCGUCCCCUUCCCCACCGGGUACAAAAUGUCGAUGGAUAAUCAAAUCCCAUAAAUCAAACACCGAUAGACUCAGAAUACGUUUCCUUGAUUUUGAUCUGCCUAACUCGGAGAACUGCGACGAUGAGUUCCUCCAAAUUACAGAUUCCACGAAUCGAAAGUAUAUUGACGAAGGCUUUGGUAAUGAUCUUGUUUGGAACGGUAACUUUGAACGUCCUUAUUAUGCACAGCAGGAUACUCAUUCGCCAUCAACUUCUUACAAAUAUUGUGGUCAUUCGUUGCCCCACGAUUAUUACAGUUACAGCACAGAGCUCGAGAUACUGUUCAAAGCGGACAGCACUACUCACAGGGGUUUCAAAAUCGAAUACGGUGGCUCGUCCUGUGAUAGAAAUUACACUUCGAUACAAGGACGAAUUGUGCACGAGAGUAUCGAAGAUUGUUGGUUCACAAUCACAGCCCCAAUAAAUCACACCAUUUCAUUGUACUUCAACAAGUUCAUGAUCUAUGACCCCGAUGACUGCACGAAAUCUGCUAUGCAAGUGUACGACGGCGGCUUCAAUGGCAAACUUAUGGCAACAUUAUGCUCGGCGGAGACACCAAGUCCCAUUUUCAGUACCGGAAACAAGCUGAGUUUGCGCGCUUGGUCCGAAUGGCAGUCCAGUUACGAAUAUUACGACAUCACUUUUACAACUACCGAUGAAGGUCGUGGAUGCGGUGGUCGAUUAUUCAAUUACGCUGGGUCAUUCACGUCACCCAUGUAUCCGAACGAGUAUCGACAGAACAUUGCCUGCACGUGGGAUAUAAGCGUGCCACGUGGUUUGAAAGUGCUGUUGGAGUUCGUUGUGUUUGACAUUGGCAACAGCUGUUACGACUACAACAAUGUGGAAGUAUACGACGUCGAUUCGGAAGGAUUGAUAACUCUGUCCAACACUUAUUGCGGAGGGGAUGAACCAGCACCCUUCACCUCAGCCUCCGGACGAAUGGUCGUGAAAUACACUUCGUCGGUAAACAACGUUGGAACUGGUUGGUCCGCGACAUUCAUGGGUAAACCUGUCUAAAAUAAAUAAGGACUUCCAGACAGAAGAAAAUAAUAAAAAAAAACAUAUUUAUUCUUCAACUUGUAUGUACAUUUCGUAGGUUAUCAUAGUGGUAUUUGUAUGUCGUCUAUCUGUUAUCAUCAGUACACCUUGAAGAGGUGUUAUUUGUAAAUAAGCCACGUAACGUUCGCGAUUCAACGUAGAUAGAGAUUAAAUAAAUGCGAUUUAAUAAUAA